AUGGGCCAGAUUGAGAAGGGCGGUACGAGGGUGAGACUUGGCGUUGGUGUUUUGGAACAUCAAAGAUGGACAGGGUUUUCGCGGAGGUCGCUCCUCGGAUAUCUCCACAACUACAGGUCGGGGGUCUUCCAAAAUCGAGAAGAUUGGUGCAUAUGGCUAGGUCACUUCACCUUACAAUUUGUAUGGCACUCUGGCCCGGGGUUGUGGUGUGGUAGGGGAGAACGGGGGAUAAUCCCACACAGGAGCUUCGAACAACGUCCGGUUCACGUUUGGCUGGAUAACUCCACCACCACACGGGGUAUGCGGUCGGCGAUGGGGUCAAAAUGCUCGUAUGAUCGAGGGCUUUUCGAUGGAUCUAUCGGCGGGUUCUUAUUCGAAAAAUCGAGCGAGUUCGUGGUGGAGCCAUCAUCUAUAAAGAGUGAUUGCAGGCUGUAA